CUCUCCGUCGUCGAGAACAUCCGACGACACCCGGAUAACUGUGCAUUCGCCAUCUUCGACCGGACGCGUGGACCAGAUGGACCGGGAGGGGACUCACCCGCGAAUUCGGAGGACGGUACGCUCGCGGGCGUGAUGGCCCUCAUCAACACGUCUAAGCAGCACAAGAACACGGAGAUCGGACUCGUCGUCGUCUUUCCCGCGUUCCAGAGCACGCACGUCGCGCGCACUGCGCUCGGCCUUCUCCUGCGCUACUGCUUGCAAUCGCCGGCGGCCUCUCCUCCUGGGUUGGGCUUCCGCCGUGUGCGCUGGUCGGCGCACCCGCAUAACAAGGCAUCAAUCAAACUCGCGAAGCGGAUGUGCUUCCAAGAGGAGGGCGUCAUGCGCUGGACGUUUUGCAUACCGGACGUGGAGGAGAUGGAACGAGAGGCGCAUCAAGUGAAGAGAGAAGGAGAAGACGGUUGGGGACGCGAUAGCGUCUGUCUAGCGAUCUGUUGGGACGAGUGGGAUCGGAGCGCAGGAUAUGGUGUGGAAAGACUGUUACAGCAGCCGUCGGGCCAAUAGGUGAGCCGACAGUCGUUUGUCACCCAUGCUGGUGUCUCAAGACCGUGAGGC